AUGAAAAAAGCAACGAGCUUGUUAGAUUACUUCAAAGUUGUAAACAAUGUUUCUUGUCCCGCUUGUGGCAAGUCUGUACCAAAGUCGAGUCUCAAUGAGCAUUUCGAUAGCACUUGUACUACCUCUGGAGAUAAACCUCCUGACUCUGCAUCUAACAGUGUGGAAAAUAAAAUUAAACCUAAUAAUGCAUUUACCGUUUCCAGUCGGCUUUCUAGAACAAAAAGGAAAAAUGUUAAGAGAAGUACCAAAGCUCCACGUAGUAAAGGUCAAUCCAGUAAUUCACCAAGACAACGUAGAGAAUCUAAAGCCACCAGUGAUGAUGUAAUUAUUUUAAGUGAAAUUAGGGUCUCAUCAGAAAAUAAGAACAUUAAAGAAAAUCAUGUCUCAGAUUGUGAAGUAAGUAACGACGAUAAUAAUCAAGUGAAAAGUGAAAAUGAUUUUUCGAUUAAAAAAUCGGAAACCUUAAAUAUUUCAGAUGAUAAGAAUUUCGAAAAGCCUGCUGUUGUUGAAAUUGUAAACAAACCAGUUUUGGAAACAGGAGAUUUUACUCAUAAAAGUCCCGUGGAUUCUAAAAUUAAGGAGAAACCAAGUACUGAACAAAAUACUUCUGGCAAAGAUUCUCUGGGUGUAUCAGAUAUUUCUGCCUUAUUACGAGAUGUAGAAAAUUCUGUAGGAGCUGAAGAUGAAGUCUUUUCUGAAAACUCUAACAAAACUAAAGAUGCUUCAGAUCCAACUGAAAAUAGUUCUUACUCUCCAUAUUAUAUUUCAAAUUUCAAACAUAUUUUAAAUACUGUUUUAAGUGAAGAAGAAAAUAGCAUUUUAUUUAAUGCGGAAGAUAUGGGCUUCGUUGAAAGUUUUCAAUCUUCAUCUACUCCUGCACAAAAAUUGUAUGUUCGUCUUUUUCAAAGAAAAUACAAAUGGUUGAGGCAAAGUAAAAUCAAUUACCCAGAAAUUUCCAAAGAUUUGAAAAUGGUUUUAGAAGAACUUGUUAACUGUCAUUUGCUUGAUUCAGAAUCAGAUAAAAUUGAUUUGGAAACUGCAAUGGAUUUACUUUCCCUACCUGAAGCAAAGGUUUUGUUCAAACAAUACAAUUUUACUUCUUCUGGGAAGAAUAAGAACGAAAUUAAAGAAAUGCUGAUGAAGCAAUGUAAAGAGCAUAAAUCAGUGUUUUUCAUGAAUGGUAAAAAUAGUGUAUCUAACAUUAUGUUGAAAAAAAUCAAACAGAUAAUUGGGCCAUGCUACAGAUUGGCUCUUCUUCCCAAACGUGUGUUUACCAGAAUAUUUAUGCUCUUCUCUUUGCCUACAAUCUCUGAAGAUGAUGAUGAUGCAGCAGGAGGUCAACAGCAACAGUUGCUCACUUUACUGCAAGUGAAUAAAGGUGAACUGAAAUUUCCUGCAUACAAGAAGAAUAGGAAAAUUCCUAUUUUCAUUGACAGAGAUGAUCUAAUAAGAUAUGAAGAAGCACGACAGCUUGAAAAUGAUUUAUUAAAUGCUGUUGAAAGUAAAAACUUUGAAUUAGCAAAAGAUUUAUCUUUAAAUGCUAAGGAAGAAUUUGAUGAACAAUGCUCUAGUCCUUUUGUGGAAAGAGCGUCAUCAUUGCCUAAUUUCUUGAAAAAAUACACUUCUUUUCACAUAUAUGUCCGAUGCAUGACAGGAGGAGUGGACGUUUUGCAAAAGUUACGACAGUAUGAUGAGGCUGUAUCUUUACUUAGAAAAUUAUUGAAACAAAAUAUAUUUUGUUUAGAUUAUCAUGGGCGGUGGUAUGAUCGCUUGGCUUUGAAUCUUGAACAGCAUCUUAAGAAACGAGAAGAGGCUUUGGAAGCUAUAAAACAGGGUUUGCAAGAUGAAAAUGUUCGUGUUGGCCAUCGAUAUGCAUUGCUGACUCGCGCUUUGAGGAUAGUAAAAAAUGACGAUGAUGAUGAUGAAUUCAAAAAACAAGUAACUGAAGAUGCUAAUGUAAUUGAAGCUCCAAAGGUAGUAAUAAAAGGGCGUCUUUUUCCACGUCCCAUUUAUGGCCGUAGAAAUGUGUUUAUAUCAUCUUGCAGUACACCUGAUAAUGAGGAUGAUAUAACUGUUCUUGGUGUAGAACAACUAGCUAUUGAACACUAUAAAGGGGAAGGAUUUUCAGAAGGUAUUCAUGGUGAAGGCACAACCUUUCAUGCUAUUUAUGGCCUUUUGUUUUGGGACAUAAUAUAUGAUGGAGACAUUCCAGAUGUAUUUAUAAGCCCCUAUCAAAAUCAUCCAUUGGAUUUAAAUUCAGAUUCAUUUUUUAAGAAUAGAGAGAAACAGAUCUUAAGCCAUUUAGAAAGACUCCAAAGUUCUACAAUUGAGGAAAUAAAAGAAAUAAUUAAAGCUACAUGGGAAGCUCAUCACGGAGAAUGUUCAUUAGUUAUGUGGGAUAGAUUCACUGAUGUAGAUCAUAUUCAGGGUUUAGUUGGCUGUUUGGGAAAUAAUAUUAUUUGUGGCAUUUGUGAAAGACUCGCUAGAGAUUUCAGAUUUACAAGAAGUGGAGUUCCUGAUUUAGUUGUAUGGAACCCUAAAACAUUAUGUGUGAAAAUUGUCGAGGUCAAAGGACCUGGUGAUAAAUUAUCUACUAAGCAAAUUCUAUGGCUAGAUUACCUAAUAAAGCUUGGGGCUGAUGCUGAAGUAUGUUUAGUUGAAGCUGUAGGAUCAAAGAAAUUACGAAAAGAAUAGCAUCUAACGUAAAAAAGAAGAAAAGAGCAAAGAAAUCAAAGAGCACAAGAAGCUUAAAAUAUUUCAUGUUGAUGAAUUUAAAAAGUUUAUUUUUGUAAAAUAUUUAUUACAGUUGAUCAUAGUUGUAAAUAGAUAUAAAAUUUUUAAGAUUUUUUAAAUAAAUAAUUUUUAAUU